CCCCUCGCCGGGCCACGCCCACUCGCUCGACCAAUUGCACGGGGCGGAGCAGAGGCUCCACCCACAUCGUCUGCGCAGCCAAUCGCAGCCCAGCAGUGCGCUGGGGGCCCCGCCCAGAAGCCAGGGGGGCAGCGAGGGUGAGGAUGUGACGUACCUCACCCCCCAGGACCAUGUCAAUGCCCACACAGCAGCGUGUCGCCCCCCUCUCCUCGUCACCCUCGCUAGGGGGGGGCACGACCCUCGGUAACACGGGCUCGGAGGAGGUGGCUGACGAGGUGGGGGGCAGCUACGUGCUCAUGAGGGGCAACGACUACGUCCCCAUGUGCCGGGGGGCUCCCCCCACCCCCUGGAUCCCGUCUGGAGGUCCCCAGCAGCUCCAUCUCCACGGGGAGCGCCUCCCCCCACAGCAGCAGCAGCAGCUGGCCGUGGUGGAUCUGGUCCCAGGGAUGAUGUCUCUGUGGAAGCCACCAUCCGUGUCUCUGUCUCCCCCGCCGAUCAACCGCGACCUGAAGCCGAUGCGGUCCGGGGGGCAGACGCGGAGUGGAGGAGCCUCCCCCGGGCCUCAGGCGGAAGCUCCGUGGAGCUCACCGAGGAGCUCCGAGCCCGCUGAGACCCAGACGCCCUGGGACACCGAGAAAGACGGAUACAUCCCCAUGAGCCGCAUGGUGACUGUCGCCACACGCGUCAACUACCUGGACGUGGACGUGGAGGCUCGGGGGAUUACACACGCACCGGUGGGGGUGCUGCCCCCCUCCCCCCCGUCCCCGCUGGCGCUGUGCCGGGUGGACUACGUGACGGUGGACCACGAGCGCACGCUCGCCCUGCAGAGCACCCGUCACGAGUGGAGGCACGCGCGGGACGCCCUCUGAGGAUCCACCUCAUAGUCCACCACCAGCAGCAGGGUGGACAAUCACAGUCACCUCCUAGUCCACCAGCAGCAGCAGGGUGGACAAUCACAGUCACCCACUCACCACCAGCAGGGUGUAUGUGUGUUUCAACUUGUGUGUGUGUGUAUGUUUCACCUUCUGUGUGUGUGUGUUUCAACUUGUGUGUGUGUGAGUGUGUGAGUGUUUUAACUUGUGUGUGUAUAUAUGUGUGUGUGUGAGUGUAUGUUUCAACUUGUGUGUGAGUGUUUCACCUUGUGUGUGUGAGUGUUUCAACUUGUGUGUGUGUUUCAACUUGUGUGUGUGUGAGUGUUUCACCUUGUGUGUGUGAGUGUUUCAACUUGUGUGUGUGUGUGUAUGUUUCACCUUGUGUGUGUGUGUUUCAACUUGUGUGUGUGUGAGUGUUUCACCUUGUGUGUGUGUGAGGGUUUCAACUUGUGAGUGUGAGCGGUAGUGUAGCGGUUAGCGCUAUGAACCUGGCAACCCGAGUUCGAUUCCCGUGCACGGACAACACCGGCGACGAUUAUCGUGGGUCUCCCCUAGGUCGACUCAGCCUCAGAUGAGUACCUGGUGUAGCAGUGUGUAAACAUCGCUACUCGGUGCUCGCUAACAGCACUUGCCCAACAGCCUGCGGAGGCUACACGGGGGGUCUUUGUCUUUGUGAGUGCGAGUCUAUGGACCGGUGUUGUCUGGACCUCUGUAGAAUCCAGGAGGUUCUGAGGACCCGUUCUGACCCCAGUAACCAGGUGGGGUGGACAGUCCACGACUCAAGGUAGGAGACGACAAAAUAACGAAGGGGUGUGUGGGAGCGUGGAGGUGAGGUAUGGGAAGUCAUGAGUCCCUGGCCACUUUGGGCUCGCUUGCUCAACAACGGGAAGCGAGAAAUGGUGGUGGUGGUGGUGAUGGUGGUUGCUUGCGUCCCUACCGAAGACGGACAUCAUUGGAGGGAUGCAGGCAAGGCCGAUGAGUCAGAUGGCUUCUAUUACCUGUCCCAGGUGCUGGCUAAAGUGGCCCCUUGGGAUAGGUUCCAAUCAAGAACAUCUGCUGGACUAGAUAGUGAUGGAACAGCAGAUGCGGGCCCAUGUCCUUGACACCAGGACCUGCCGUGGACUUGAUCUGCCCACUGACCAUGAGCUUGGUAAGUUGUGCCUGCCAUUCCUCCACUGCGGUGGUGGGUGUCCAUCUAGGACCCCAUUCAAACCCACAAUAGCCUCGACACAUCUUUCACCACCUAGUUGGAGAUGCUUUUCGAGACGGUGUGAUGAGAAGUUUAAUCGAGUACGGCAAAUACAACUGGAGGCUCAUCGAUGCCUGGGUGCAGUCAAGGGAUGGCUUCCUAUUGGUCAACCAAGUUACAUAUGCUGAUGAUCUCAGAAUUGCUAUCAUCAAAUACUCCACCCCCCCUCAACCCCCCAUGAGUGACGGGGCAGUUGUGGAAAUAGUGGAGGAUUUACACUAUGAGACAUCUCCUUUACCAGUGGCAAAAUAUAGUAGUAGGUUUUUACCCUUUCAACUGGUACAAAAACUGACACCUUUAUACAAGGCAUCAUUAGUAUGCCUUUUGGCGUCAUCUGGUCCAACACCAAUGGAGACUAGGCUCUAAGAAAAGCUGUCUCGGGUGUGGACCAAUCAACUUCAAGGACAGUGCAUACAUUAUCAUCAUCAUCAGAGUUGUUUCUUUUUGUUUGCAUUUUGACUGCUUGUGUUGUGGUUAUUGCAAACAUGAUGCCUUGUAUAAAGGUGUCAGUUUUUGUACCAGUUGAAAGGGUAAACACCUAUUACAAUAGUGGAGGAGUUUGCAGACUUGGGAAGUGUGCUUAUGACCAGCUCCAGUUUCGCAAUGGAGGUCUUACUCCAAAUCGGUCAAGUAGCAUCUUUUCAUCAGCUGCGUAACGCUGUGGUGGAAGCUACCUGGAAGUAAUACUCCACACAAAGCUCACAGUCAUGCCCUCGUUUCUCGAUGUUUGCGAAAAGUGGAACCCUUUGCAGGGCCAUCUGUGCCUGUUUGAAUUGUUGAGGCUGGCUUGCCUAUGAUCCAUCCAGGGUUUAACCAGAUAGGAUUGUAGUGUGAGGAGCUCACAGAUCCUUAAGCGAUCUGGACAUGGUCCCAUUGGUGAGCUCUAGCACGUGAUGCUACGUUGGCAGGGUACGGGUAGGGUAUGGGUACGGCCGGGUACGGGUACCCGUUUGCGACCCAGGUGCGGCCGGGUACGGGUAAGGAAUCAAAACCCGUUUGCGACCUCUGCCUCAAAGUGCACCUAGCCUGGCACAGGUGCCGCGAUGACGUUGCCGCCACUUAGUGACGAAUGGCGGCUGCUGUUAUUGUGUGGAUCUGCACUCCUUUGCCGGCCUUCACAGGUGCUGUUCGCCACGCGGCACUCACCCCAUCAGCUUGUGGAGGCUAUAGAAUGUGUAAAUAAUUUUGACCACUUGAUUGUUUGACGUUGAUUAAUGUUGAAUGUUGCGUUUUCAUCAUUGCAGUAGACCCUCGAUUAUCUGCGUGCCGUUGAUCCAGUUUGCGAAUGAAGCGGGCACCAGAGAUUUUGACUUAAAUUCAUAGUUGAUGAUUUUCCCUGAAGCACAAAUUCAUUGUCUAGAAACAAACUCUUUGGUUCACCCACUCAGCCACUCCCCCCUCCCACUCUCUCACUGACCCACUCUCCCAUUCACCC